AUUGAUGUCUGCGUUCAAUGCACGUUAUUGAGGUUCAGUUUUUUUAACGCUUUCUUCACCCUUUUGUCCAUUGACAGAGCCCCGAAUUCUUUUCAAAAGAGAGAGCGAGAGAGAAAUCUGCCAUUUACUGUAACAUCUAGAUGAAUCUGAAAGUGGAAUCGUGUGAAGCUGACAUGGAGAAAAGGGCUGUGCAUGUUAGGGAGGAGGACUGUGAAUGGGAGUCUAUCCACCCUAAACAAAAGAGUCUGGGCAUCAAGGAUGAGGAUUGUGAACUGGGGUUGGUGGGAAUUAAAAAAGAAGCUGAAGAGAAGUCUGUCAGUAUUGAGACACACAAAUGUGAAAGUAUGGAUAGCGUCAAGGAAGACCACCUUUAUUAUCUGUGUCAAAAUGGAUUAAUGUCUUUUCAAAGCAGUCACUGUUCAUCUCUGGAGCCUUCUAUAGAUGUGAAGUCCGAGUCAUUACAGUCUGACACAAAGAUGAUUAAGGAAAUCUUAUCUGCUAGAACUUGGGAAGAUCAGCCACUACCUGCAAACAAGUCUGGAAAAAGAAACCAACCUCACAUGUGUUCUGAAUGUGGAAAACAGUUCUGUUACAAAAGUACUCUUCAGAUACACACUAGAACUCAUACUGGAGAGAAGCCCUAUUGCUGUAAUGAGUGUGGUAAGCAAUUCUGUUACAGAAGUACUCUUCAGAUACACUCCAAAAUUCACACCGGAGAGAAGCCAUAUUGCUGUUCUGAAUGUGGGAAACAAUUCUGUCACAGGAGUAAUCUUAGGAUACAUAUUAGAACUCACACUAGAGAGAAGCCAUAUUGCUGUAACGAAUGUGGGAAAGGAUUCUGUCACAGAAGUAAUCUUCAGAGACACAUUAAGAUUCACACUGGUGAGACAUCAUAUUGCUGUAAUGAAUGUGGUAAACGUUUCCACCAGAGGAGUAUUCUUCAGAAUCAUAAAAAAAUCCACUCUGGUGAGAAGCCAUAUUGCUGUUCUCAGUGUGGCAAGCAGUUUUUGAGAAAGAGUCAUCUUCAGAGCCAUAAAAGAAGUCACACGGGAGAGAAGCCAUAUAGCUGUUUGGAAUGUGGCAAAUACUUCUGUGACAGUAGUACUCUUCAGAGACACACUAGAAUUCACACUGGAGAGAAGCCAUAUUGCUGUUCUGAAUGUGGGAAACAAUUUUGUGACAGGAGUACUCUCCGGAGACACAGUAGAAUUCACACUGGAGAGAAGCCAUAUUGCUGUUCUCAGUGUGGCAAAGAGUUUAUGCAAAGGAGCCAUCUUCAGAGCCACAAAAAAAUUCACAUUGGAGAAAAACCAUAUUGCUGUUCAGAAUGCGGCAAAGAGUUUUCGCAAAGCAGCGGACUUAGGACCCAUUCAAGAAUUCACACUGGAGAGAGGCCAUAUUGCUGUUCUGAAUGUGGCAAACAAUUCUCACGACUAGGUAAUCUUCAGAGCCAUAAGAAAAUUCACACAGGAGAGAAGCCUUAUUGCUGUUUUGAAUGUGGCAGACAAUUUGGGCAUAUGAUCAGCCUUAAGAGACACUCUACAGUUCACACAGGAGAGAAGGUUUGUUGUUCUGAAUGUGGCAAACAAUUUGCUCAUAUGAUCAGUCUUAAGAGACACUUUACAGUCCAUACACAAGAGAAGGAGGAAGAGUUGAAGGAGUAAGUUAGGUAGGUUACAUUUUACUUUUUCAACCACUAACUAAAAGUCUUGAUGAGUACCUUCACAUGGGGGAUCUUCGUUGUGCAACAUCUAUAUCAAAACUCUCUAACGAGAAUCUAUUCUACUUGUAUUCAUGCUGGCUGAAUUGUCUAGAGAUGAAGAGAAGACCUCCAAUCUGGUUUCAGUCCAGGUGCACAGUAUUGCUGACCCCACAACAGAUGGAACGGAUUGGACCAUAAAAGCAUGACAUGACCAAGAAAUUAAGAGAACUGGACACAGGCCAGAGGUUAAUUGAAGAUAAAGAGAAGAUCAUGUAACUGCUACUUUUAUGCAAGAAGUCCAGAAAUACUGGCCCUGAGGUGAAAGAAUGAGGAGGAGACCUCAUGGUGUGGCAUUUAUUACAAAAUGAAAACAUCAACAGGCAAACUAAAUUUAAGAAAAAAGGCAUAUUUGUAAUGAAAUUUAAAAAUACUAAACAACAAAAAACGAACAUAUUCACUGUCAUUCAGUAGGGGAAUAACACAGUCUAAAAACUUUGGGACACCAGCUGGGUUGUCCUGUCUAAUCUUUAAACAAAAACAGCACACAAUGGUUAAGUACCAACAGCAGAGUCCAACAUUCAAAGCAAAUAGCCUUGGUAGGCAAAAUGGAUGCAUUGUUUCAGGGGUCUCUGAACUAGAAUGGAGCUCCAUCCUGCGGUCAGCUUAGUAAGUGAUAAGUGAUGCCCUCUCUCUGGGCUUUUUAUAGCUUUUGACCAGAACGGCCGGAGUCAGUUGCUGUCAUAGGGAGUCUUCUCUGAGCUGUGCAAACACCAUUAACGACAGUGACCCCAUCCCCCCCAUCCUGUGGUACAGUAUGCCUCUGAUGAGCCCAGAAGGUGCUCCUCUGAUGCACAUGUGUGACACAAUUCAAAAAAUGAUAAUCAUUUAAAAGUGGAACAUCCUCAGUAGCAACCAGUUAUACAAACAACCAUGAGAGAUGAGUUUUGAAGGAGCUAAAAAUGGAAAAACGUAAAAUUAAAGGCAACAACAAAUGCUCAAAGGCAACAAAAUACAACAGCUCCAGAUGGCCAGUAGAGUGGAGUGACCAGAAAUAGAAAAAAAAAUCAGGUAAAAACAUGAUCAGUAUCUCAGCCAAAUUCAAAAAGGAAAUAUCAGCUAGAGAAAACACCAUCAAAAAGCAGAAAAGGACCCCACAAUAAAGCACAAAGUUAUCCAGGAGAUUUAAGAAGACCUUCUGCACCUGCAUGAUAUGGACAACUACACAGAAAUACAGAGAAGAAAGAAAAUAUUAAAUAACACCAUAUGCAGUAUUACAGCUUAACUGAAAUAAAGCAAGCCAACAGUACUCUAUAUAUUGCAAUAGAUACAACAACAGUCAACAGGAUCAGAACUAUGCAGCAAAGCUCAUAAUUUCUUAAGUAACAGCACAGAGUAAAGAGAAAAGGACAAAAUAGUCAUCCAUAAUGGAAAAUUAAUUUAUGUAAAAUGAAGAAUCUGUGUAGGGGAGUGUUAUUAAUCAAGGCAUACAGGCAAGGAUUUAAAUUCCUCCAAAGAGCAAACCAAAAUAUGCAACUACUGUUGCUAAAUGUGAAUUUCCCCUUGGGAUUAAUAAAGUAUCUAUCUAUCUAUCUAUCUAUCUAUCUAUCUAUCUAUCUAUCUAUCUAUCUAUCUAUCUAUCUAU